GUUGGGGACCACGUGGGGGCGUUGGGUGAAACCCCGCCCCCUCUUUCUUUGCGCCCACUCAGCCAUUCCCGUCCGCUCGUUGAUACCGGAGCCGCAUGCCGACACGACAAAUAGGAGAAGACCCGACAUGUGAUCUGAUAAUGCAAUCCAACGAAUCGCCCGUACCCAAGCACUCGAUGCCUCCCAAUCCAUCAUUUUCAGCUCGCCCCGCUGCUGCCUUCUUCAGCCGAGCCCUCUCGUCAUUCCAGAGCUCCGGGUCCACGAUCCAAGUCAUCUGCACUGCCGCUCCGGCACUGCACCACAAAAACCACGAUCAUGGCCAUCCAACACCGCUCCCUCCCCGUUUCCCACCACAGAGCUUGGUUGUGCUCGAUUCUUCCUUCAACCCGCCGACGCGCGCGCACCUGCGCAUGGCGACAUCCGCGAUACAGGAACUCAUGCACAAGCAAAGCCAGAGGCCCGGCGCAUUGCGACUGUUGCUGUUGCUCUCGAUCAAUAACGCCGAUAAGGACGCCAAACCCGCCGCUUUCGAUAAACGGUUAGCCAUGAUGUGGGCGUUCGCAGGAGACGUGCAGCGCAGUUUGCAAGCGGACCCUGGGGAGGAGCAGGCGAGUUCGGAAGUAGAGCCACUGAGCGUCGACCUGGGCCUCUCCACGGCGCCUUAUUUUUACGAGAAGAGUGCCGCGUUGGCCGAGGGCGGUUUCUAUAAUGGGGAACGGGGCAUGGGCGGUAGCACCGAGACAGAGCAGGUCUUCCUCGUCGGGUAUGACGCCCUGGUUCGCAUAUUCGACCCGAAGUAUUACGGAUCUUUCGAUCCAGAAGACCAAGUCUCCACGGCCGGGACUCCGCCGAUACGGAAGGCGCUCGACCCGUUCUUCAACCGUGCCAAGCUGCGCGUGACAAUGCGGACAGGUGAUGAAUGGGGCGAGGCCGACGAACAGGCAGCGUACGUCGAUGACUUGCUGCAUGCGGGAGGUUUGAGUGAUAUAGGCGGCAGCACGAACUGGGGUAGUAGGAUACACAUGACCGAGGGACGCAAGCCCGGGGAGGAUGUUAUUAGUAGUACUUACGUGAGGGCCGCGGUAAAGGCUGGGGACUCCGAACAACUUAACCUAAUGGUUACCCCAGAAGUGAGAUGGUGGAUAGAGCAAGAAAGCUUGUAUACAGAGUGAGAUAGACAUGUUACGGCCAGAGUCACCCGCGUCUGUAAACUCCGGUCGACCUUCAUCCGCGGCCAUGGUUUAGGUUCGCCGGCGAUAUUCGGUAUCUAGGGUCUCAAAUAUCAGAUUCGGUUCCUAGAAGCAACUGAAACGGGCCAUUCCACAGCUCGUUCGGGCAAAUGCACACU